GUCGGAGCCGCCAUUCUUUUGACAAUGUCUGCAAUUCUAUUCAUGCAUUUCAAGUUCGGAGGAGAGAGAUUGGAACAGAUGGCGUCAGAACACUGCAACUGUGCCUCCGGAAAUUUAGGUAGAGCGGACUCGCUGGACCAUUUGCUCCAUAGUUGUGCUAGCAAGGUCGAUGGCGGGGUAGUGCUGGGGACUCGAGCAGAAAUGCUGGUCCUAGAAAAGUUGCGGGAGAUCCGAGCGGUGGAAAUACUGCUUCGGGUCUGA